CUUUUUGACGAAGGUCAGUCCUCCUUCGAAAACUGUUUGCGGAUAUCUUCUCCAAAGGAUCCAUAACAUCUUCUCAUCUGGUACUCUUAGUCUUUGGAUCUAAAACCUUUCCUUCACUUGACCAUGACCGCUUCAGUCCUCUCCAGCCUCGGGUUUAUCCGCUCUCUGAAUGUCCUACUCCUGGUGUUGACUGGCUUGAGCUUCAGCAGUCCCAUCAGGUCUCUUGAGAACCACCGCAGGGCGUCAGUCGGUAGGGAUGUGGGUGAUAAUCCGCUUCUUGAUGCGCAGGACUUUAUGAGACAGUUUCUGUCCACACUGAACCUCACAGAGCCGAGGCCCCAGCCCAGGCCCCUCGCUGCCCGUAAGGAGCCACCAGAGUACAUGUUGGAGCUGUACGACCGAUUCGCCAAAGACCGCACUUCUGUGCCCUCGGCCAACAUUGUGCGCAGUUUCAAGAAUCAAGAUUCCUCCCCCUACAGUUUAACUGCCCGGGGUGUGAGGAUAUUUCCACUGCAAUUCAACAUCUCCAUGCCCCACCAUGAGCAUGUAACAUUAGCGGAGCUUCGCCUUUUCACUCUGGCCCGGAGGGCCCAAAGACCAUACUCUGGCCUCUACUGCAAGGUGACCAUUUUCAAUAUACAUGAGGGCGUUGUUUGGACAAAAGAGGUGGGGAAAGAAGGGAGAAGGAGGGAUAAAGAAGGGGUGGUGGAGAUGAAGGAUUUGGAGGAACUGGUGACAAAGCAUAUUCAUGCCAAAGAUAACAGCUGGGUGUCGUUUGACCUGACUCAUGUGGUUACGCUCUGGCGGAAAUCGGGGUCUGCAACUCACAGACUGGAGGUUCACAUCACAACUCUGGUUUCAGAGGAGGACGGAGCCAUGCAAGCCGCCAUGCAGGACGUUGAAAGUUUGGUUGAGAUUGAUAUCGACAGGAGCUUGGAGGGGAAACAAAAUGCGGUGGUGAUCGUGUUCUCAGAUGAUCAGAGCAGAGACAACAAACAGGAUAAACAAGAGCUUACCCAGAUGAUUGAGCACGAGAGUGACCUCCCUGAAAACAUGGGCCGGAGCCAAAAAGCUUUCUGGGGGCAUGUUAAUCACAACACUGGCCAUGCUAACCAGGACGACCUGGACAAACAGUCCCUCAUGCAACUGCAGUCCAACCUUAUCUAUGACACACCUCCCCGAAUCCGUCGCAAUGUUAAGAGCGAGUCGUGCAAGAGGACCCCGCUCUUUGUGGAUUUUAAAGACAUUGGCUGGGAUACAUGGAUCAUCCAGCCUCUGGGCUAUGAGGCAUAUGAGUGCAGCGGGGUGUGUAACCCACCUAUGACCUCCGAAGUCUCGCCUACCAAGCAUGCCAUAGUGCAGACUCUGCUGAGUGUGAAGAGCCCAGAGAGAGCAUCGCGUGCCUGCUGUGUGCCCACCAAACUGGAGCCCAUAUCACUUCUUUAUCUUGAUAACGGAGUGAUCACUUUCAAUCACAAGUACGAGGGGAUGGUGGUGGCAGAGUGUGGAUGCAGAUAGUCCUGGAAGCGAGGCCGUAACACAGAGAUAGAGACUGCACAUUGCCCACAUCUCCUCAUGUUUCCACAAUAUCUAAGAUCUCAUACAGUGGCGUGUAAAGACACAGUUCUGGACUUAGUUGUAAAUUAGUGAUGGACACAAAUUUGUGCUAAUUGUUGUAAAUUUUUGCAAUUGUAUAAAGGUAUAUCAGUUAAUAUAUAUAUGAAUGUAGAAUAUGAAGCUUUCAAAGUAAUGCUGCAAAUCUUAAACAGUCUGUCAUGAUUUGUGAUAAUUCUUUGGUGAAUUUUUUGUAUAUCAGAAUGUUUUUGAGUGUAACAUCAGACAAGAUGAACAUGAAAAAUAUAUUUUCGCAAAUAUCUGAACAUCUUGGGAAAAAUAUCUGUUCACGCUGUUUUCAUGUUCCAUGUUGAGUCAGAAGGUUAAAUAUCGCUGUACUUAUAUCUGUUACAAAACCAAUAUGUAUAAGUCAAUGAAGAGAUCAAACCCUAGAGAAUUUCAAUGUGGGUGAUGAAACAAAACCCCACCAAAUAGACUAUUUUUUUGUGGAUCUCCCUCAAAAGAUUUUCUCCAUUUUUUUAUCCAAGCUGAAUUAUUCUGUCAUGAAAAAUCUACAUCUUUGCAUGGCCACCAUACUACAAUGACUUGCACUACUGUUAGUAUGCUGUAUGUUUUUUAUUUUUAAAUUAAAGUCUCUUAAAUUCAGCUGUAAUUGAAUCACAGUGAUGCCAAAAUGCUUUAUUAGUAAGUAGAUAUAUAUAUAUUAUUUCUGUGCCCUACGGCAUGUUGGAGCCAUGGAAAUGAUUUAAAGACUGUGACAUUUUCCCUUUUAUUGGCUCGCCAGAAAAUCUGUUGUUCAUGGCUUUUGAUUUUCUCGUUGUCUUCGAGCUCUUCGCGGCUUCUUGUCUGAAAAAAUCCAAAUCCAAAUUUCUCUUGCCCAACAUUGCUGUCGGCUGCUGUGAAAUCUUUCUUUAUACCGUCCAUUCAUAGCCUG